GUCCCUUGAUUGAAUCUUAGCUUGCGCUGAUUCGCCACUAAGCAUAAAUAGUAGUACGCGCCGGUUGAGCGUGCAGCAGGAAUGACUUUGCGACAUACAUUUGUCUCCACUCAUUGUACGGCACAAGAGGUUUGGAAUCAAGAGGAGGACCUGAGACACAAGACCCAUUGCGACGUGAACAGAAUACAUCAAGAUUUUCGGGAAUAUGACAACUGAACAAGCUGCCCAACCUGUCUGUUCCAGUGAAAACCCGGAGCUUCAGCCCACCACUGAUGAGAUCAUUCAGAUUUGUCCAUGGUUGAAACAAGAGACUGCCAAGGCUCAGAAUUCUGAUAAUAAGAAAGGUAUCUUUUCUUUGGUCUCACGUCUGCGCAACCUCACUUCGCAUGAUAAGUCAGGCGAGGCUAACAUCAACACCGAGUUCAUCUCACAACAGAAUGAUGGAUUUGUCAUCCAUGACAGCAAAG